AAAUUUCCUGGCUACAUUAUUCUACCUGUUUUCUUCUUGAUUAUUUCUCUAUCUAUAGCUGCGCCUUCCUGUAAUUGGGGUGCCAAAAGAAAAUUUCCUGGAAAAAAAAAAAAAAAAAGGCAUAUGAACAAUGCACAACACAAUACACCUUCAUUGAAAAUUGGAAUCAUUUUAUCAACUUUUUAUUUUUUACUUUAUUUUAGUGUAUUCCAUGUUUUGUGCUUGCUGUGAAAAGGGUUCAUUCAUUUGACCUGCUUGAAUUUGUUUUCAUCAACUAUUUUAGAGGGCAGCUGUAAGAAUAUAUAUGAUUCAAGCUUACAAGGUUCAGACAGCUAAUGCUAUGGUAGAAUAUCCUUCUAUCAAACAAAUCUCUUCGGCUAAAUGGCAUAUAAUUGCAAUUGAAGUUCCUCAAGGACUGGUGUUUCUAGAUAUGUUAAAGAAGCAAGAUAUUUGCAGAGACAUCAACCCCUCCAAUAUACAGCUUGUUGGGGAUGUUAUGCAGACAAGUUUGCUACCUCAUACUCCCAACAACUCCAGACCCGAGAACGCCAUGGAUGCCGGUGGCUUCACAGAUUUGGAAACCUCUCUUGUCUUACCCGUUUGCGUGAAGAAAGAUUCGGAAACUAACAAGAGUCCACAGAGGAAGAGACCUUUGAGAGCUAAAGAUUUAUUUAAGAAAGCAUUUUCUUGGUUGCACCAGAACAGUUGCCACAUGAAAAAUAAAAAAGAGUCCAAAAGCAAUGUUUACCAUCAGUUAUUGCUCAUCUCCUCAUUGUUGGCAUCUAUAACGCUCCACACAGCCUUAAAGAUCCAAGGAUACAGAGUGGAAGAAAGCUAUGAAUACAAUUCUAGCAUAAAUGAUGCUGUCAGCCAGACUGAAAAUCAAUAUUAUUUCUAUUCAAACUGGUUGAUCAUUAUGUUUAAUUCCAUCGCCUUUUUCUUAUCGGUAGCAUUGCUGAUGAGACUCUUCAAUGAGCUUCCACUCAGGCCAUUGUUACAAGUUUCAGUAUUUUCAAUGGUUGGAGCUUACCUGUGCACAAUAUUGGACCCUCUCAAGCCUCGCUCGUGCUCAUCCUAGGCCCUAUUGAUAUU